AUGGAGCCCCUCAGAAAAGCUGGUCCAAAUGAGCGUCGCUGUAUCGUCCGUCAAGCGUUAGGCUACUAUCGCACUCUGGUUGUGGGAGGAGUUUACACAUUCGAAGAGCUCUCCUCGAACCUUCCAUUGGGAAGUUCUCUCAUCAAAGCCUUGAAGCACUGUGUCGCUUCGCAUCCGAUUCUGUCCGCCUGUAUCGUUGGUGAAGAGACAGAAACUCCGGAAUUUGUUAGACCAUCCUUCUUGAACCUGAACGACCACAUCGAAAUAUUGGCUACGCAACAUUCUCCGAAUGUUGUGGGCGAAAAAGACCUGAUCAAGCUGGUCCUGGCUCAAACCAACGAUCAUGUAUUCACCAGCUGUGAUAAAACACCCCCUUGGAAGAUCACUGUGCUACCUUUACCAGCCGAAGAGCAACAGAAGACGAGCAGAUAUCUCAUACUUUUCGGAUACUACCACUCACAUGGCGAUGGUAAAUCAGGACUGGCUUUCCAUAAAACCCUACUUUCUGGAUUGAAACAGGCGCACGGUGCGAACUGUGCCUACGACGAUGCUCCCAAGUUUGCGACCCCCGGUAGCCCCCUGCUCCCUACUCUAGAGAUGGCGGGACGGCUGUCGAUCUCCUGGAGUUACCUGCUUUCGCCACUGCUGGGGGCAUAUCUGCCAUCUUUCGUAGCGAACCCACUUGGUAUUCGUGCAUCAGCCACGCCAGAAGCAGAUGAUCAGUGGGCAGGCAACAAAACAUUCUUCGACUCCGAUGGGUACCAGACUCGACUUGAAGUCAUAUCUGUUGACCACAGUCAUGUUAAGAAGAUUCUUCAGGCAUGUCGAGAACGUAAUGUCAAGUUUACAGGCCUUUUGCAUCAGGUCAUAGUACAGGCCCUGAGCAGGGAACUGCCUUUUCAGAAAGCGGGCUGCUUCGUCUCGCAGACUGCUGUAGAUCUACGCUCUCAUCUAGAUGGAAUUUCUGACGACGAUAUGGCGCUUUGCCCAACAGCCUACUAUGAGCUGUUUCCAAGGACUGUGCAAGACGACGCAUCAAUGGCACCCAAUGCUAUGUCCGAUGCUGUCUGGGAUGCUGUACGCUCCACGACCCAAAGCUUAGCGCAGUGCGCCAGCACUUUGAAUGAUCAGCCGGUCGGAUUGCUGUCAUACCUUCGCAACAUGUAUCCAUGGACCGAGGGACAAAUCGGGAAGCGCAGAGAGUGCUCAUACGAAGUCAGCAACAUUAUGUCCUUCAACCCAGGCCCCUUCGUUCCGGAAGAGAUGUGGAACAUUGAGUCCAUGAUUUUUUCUCAGCCUGCCAAUGUCUCUUCUGGUUGCCUCAAUAUUAAUGUCGUCUCCAAGCAUCAGGGCGAUCUGACAGUGGUCAUCUCGUGGCAAGCGGGUGCUCUGGAUGUUCAGGAUGAGCAAACUCUUGUCGAAAACGUGGGCCAUCAUAUUGUCAAGAUUUUGGAGUCAAUUGGCCAGUCGUAG